AUUCAUGAAUUUUCCGUUAUUACAAAAUUUAUCUUAAUAUUUGCCUCUUCGAGAAUCCCGGAGUUUGCGUUGUUCAUUCCCUCUUACAGCGUCAACGCUAUAUUCUUCGAGCUAUUUCAGUCGCACUGCAACACCCUAACUCGAUCGUUUCGUCACUGGGAUCGUCUCGUUAUAAGGUGUUGUUCAUAUCACCCCCCCCUAACGCGAUCGUUUCGCCACAGGAAUAGUCUCGUUAUAAGGUGCUCAUAUCACCGCCACGAUGUAUGACUUCAAUACAGAACUGAAACCCAGCACGUCUCAAAAGCUCGUUACCAUAGAGCUCUGUUACACCGCCAUCUCCACAGUCCUCAUCCUCUUUAUGCUUAUCAAGAUUUAUGAAUGCUGUUGAAAAGCGUCAAAUGAGACCAAAAUUUUCGAAUAUAGAUAAAGCAACAUGGGAUUAACAUUAACCUGCCUUUCUUAUUGCGUUUUAUAAAUAAUUUUUUCGUGACUUUACAUUGUAUUUCAUUGAUGGAGUGUAGCCUUAUUCUAAAUUUGUCGAACGAUCGUAGCAUAUUGUGACGAGAGCCUUCUUCUCGAGCACGCACAAUUUUCGCUAACUGCAGCUUCGUGUAAUACUUGGUACUUUCUCUUUACAAAUCCUGUGAAAUGAAUGCAGCUUUUCCAAAGUUGAGUAAUUUGUAUCGAUGCUAAACAUUUAGCCUCUAUUCAACGGUUUUAUUGCACUGUCGAAACACAAAUUGAAUGAUUAACAUCGCUGUACUUAUUACUCAAAAAAUACUCAUAUUCAUGUACGAGUUUGACUUUGGAUGGUCGUGACUGCUCAAUACGGAAGGCGUAAAUUAAUAAAAUUUAGAUAAUUUUUUAAAGCUUGACUGUUCUUUCCAUUGUAUUAACUCUGUAAUCAAGUAUUUGCUCUUUAUUUACACCAUUUUUGACCUAGGGAUUUCUGUAUUAUUUUGUGGUUGUAGUCGCCUUUUUCUUUUGGAAUACAAUUGUUUCAUAUCUAUCUUCCAUCGCUUGAAUUUCAUUAACUAAUUUCGUACGUUGGGGUAAAUAUUGCCAACGCUUAUUUCACGCUCAUAGAUUAUUCCUUCAUGCUGAAUUUAUGGAAAGUUUCGGGUUUGAGUUUAUGCAUGCAACGCUCUAACUCUUCUCCAUGUUGGUUGACAGCAUGAAAUAGGCGUCUUUGGAAGCUCCACUAACUGACUCCUCCUUGUGAUCUUCUAGCUGUACAGUCUGUCGCAAAGCUCGUGCCGUCUCAGCCCAGUAUCACGAACAGCAAAGUUGUCCAGUCUAUAGUACAGUGCUUAGAAACAGUUACUGCCUAUGAGGCGGUAUGCCUGAUCCCGUCAAGCCCAACAAAGCGGAGAGUCAGGUGACUCUGGCCAGCUCCAGAAGCACUUCUGAGGACACGCCCAGCGGAGGAUGGUGGGUGUCGCGCACGCGCCUGGAGGUGGCGCUGCUGGCGAUGGUGGCCGUGAGUUUGUUCCUCCUCAUCGCCGUGUGUCUCGCCAUGGCCGCCGUCAUCGCUGGUUCUUCUCCUAACAGCUUGUUCGCAGAAGAUACUUCGGCUAGAGUUUCAGUUAGUCAUAACAAGUUUAAACGAUCACUCCGUGAGUCAGCGUCCACCGAUCGAUUCGAAUCAAUCGAAAACAUCCAAUUCGAUCCUGACUGGGCUCUCAAGUUACUUAGUAAAUCCCAAACUGGAGCCGGUUUACAGUCCUCAGUAAAUGAUGAGAAGUCGGUUAGCAUCAUAGAGGCUGGAAACCGUGGACUUGAGCCGAGAAAAUCCACCACCAUUGAAUUUUCCUUAACUGGAGCUGAAACAUCAAAUGUCAAGCAUUCAGAAAGCCAGAUUGCCGAUGGUUGGACCACCUUGGCCCCAAUUCUGGACGAAGAUGAGAGUUCCUCUUUGUUUACAUCGACGUCGGCUUCUGAGCGAGAUGAUGAGAACAAUGCAACCGAAGACGAUGAUCAUAAACCAGAGCAACCCGCGGAAGUAAUUUUGGCUCCAGAUUCUUCACCUUCGUUGAAAAUCGCUUCUCUUUCUGAGCCAGCCUCAGAUUUUAAAUCACCAAGAAUCGCUAAAGUCGUGUCAACGAACAUAUCCAGCUCCUCAUUCGAAAGCCCUGCAUUGGUUUCAUCCACAACGCUUAGUUCAGUUCGAGCCUCUCUUGCCAUUACCACACCUACCACCCCAACGAUGAUUGAUCAAGUUUCAGACACUUUUAAGCAAGCUAACGAUUCUUCUACAACUUUCACAGGCCAAACCGCUUCAGCUUCCGGCAUAUGUCUCACCAAGGGCUGCGUCACCUCCGCAUCAGAGUUGAUCGAAAACAUGGACCCGCAAAUGGACCCAUGUGAGGAUUUCUUCGAGUAUGCAUGCGGUAAUUAUCUGAAAACCAAGAACAUCCCCGACGAGAAGAGCUCCAUAUCGCAGUUCAGCGACGUCUCGGAUGUCCUUCAGGAGAAGCUGCGCACGCUCGUCGAGAGCGAGGACUCCUCCGAGGACACCCCCAGCAGCCUGAUGGUCAAGCAGCUGUACAAGUCCUGCAUGAACACGGAGCGCAUCGCGGAGCAAGGCCUGCAGCCGCUGAAAGACAUCCUGCGGGAGAUGGGCGGCUGGCCGGCGGUGGAGGGCUUUGCCUGGGACCGCAACAGGUUCGACUGGGUCCAGAACGUCUACAUCAACAGGCGGCUCGGCUACUCCGUUGACCUACUGUUUGACUUUUCCAUCACCACCAACAUCAAAAACUCGUCGUGGAGAAUUAUUGACAUCGACCAGCCGAGCCUGGGUAUGCCGUCUCGGGAGUAUCUGCUGCGCGGCCUGAACGACAGUGACGUGCGGGCGUAUCUCGACUACCAGGUCUCCUUAGCCGCGCUCCUCGGCGCCAACCGCACAGCCGCCGAACUCGAACUCACCGAGAGCCUCUUGUUCGAGAUACAACUUGCCAAUUUCUCACUGCCGAAAGAACAGCGUCGCAACGCCACGAAGCUCUACAACAAGAUGACCGUGGCGGAAUUACAGGGCAGGGUGCCCAAUAUCCCGUGGCUGUCGUACAUAAACACCAUCUUGUCGCCCUUCACUACUGUCACCGAACGUGAAGAAGUCAUCGUAAAUGUGCCGUCUUACAUUGAGAAUUUGGGGAAACUCCUUUUGAGAACAGAUAAAAGAGUAAUCGCGAACUACAUGAUGUGGCGGCUGUCUGCGGCAUCCAUCAGUUACUUGUCAGAGGACGCGCGUGAUCUGCAACUCGUAUACUCCAAGAAGAUCACUGGAACUGGCAAGAGGAAGCCUAGGUGGAAGGAGUGCAUGGGAGCCGUGUCGGGCAGUCUUUCGUACGCUGUGGGCAAACUGUACGCUGAAAAAUUCUUCAAGAAGGACGCCAAGGCUGCAGCAGAUGAGAUGGUAUCCUACAUCAGGGCGGAAUUCGAUAAAAUUCUGCGCACUGUCGACUGGAUGGACGACGAGACCAGGAUCCGCGCCAUCAACAAGUCCCUGGCGAUCACGCCCCACAUCGCCUACCCGGAGGAACUCUUGGAUGAAACAAAACUAACUGAGCUAUACAAAGAUCUACAAAUUUCCGACGGUGAACUUCUCUCAAAUAUGCGCAACUUGACCAUUUUUGGCACGGAUUAUUCCUUCAAGCGUCUUAGAGAGAAGGUCGACAAGAACGACUGGAAGAAGCAUGGUGCCGCUGCUGUCGUUAAUGCCUUCUACAGCCCACUUGAAAACUCUAUCCAAUUCCCGGCCGGAAUUCUGCAAGGAACUUUCUUCAACGCUGACCGCCCCAAGUAUCUAAACUACGGCGCCAUCGGCUUCGUGAUCGGCCACGAAAUAACGCACGGCUUCGACGACAUGGGUCGCCAGUUCGACUACAAAGGCGACCUCAAGGAAUGGUGGAAGCCCGAGACAAGAGCGAAAUUCAUAGACAAAUCCAAAUGCAUCAUUUAUCAGUACGGCAACUAUACGGAGCCUGAAGUAGGACUUAAGCUGAAUGGCGUGAAUACCCAAGGAGAGAACAUAGCGGACAACGGCGGCAUCAAAGAAGCUUACUACGCAUAUAAUCAGUACGUCAGUGAUCACGGCGAGGAGAAUCCGUUACCAGCGCUCGGGCUAACAGCUAAACAACUUUUCUGGCUGUCAGCGGCCAACGUUUGGUGCGGCAAGUACAGGCCCGAGACACUGAAGCUACGGAUCUUGACUGGGGCUCACUCGCCCGCUCGCUUCAGAGUCAACGGCCCGCUGAGCAAUUUGCCCGAAUUUUCGCGAGACUGGAAUUGUAAAUCGAGUUCGAAAAUGAACCCGUCUCAUAAGUGCUCUGUCUGGUAGUUGAAGUUAUGUCGUCUUUUUGUUGUUUAUCUCUUCAUUUGAUUAGUGUUUUAUUUUGGGCAGCUUUGUAUAUGGCCGGUCUUUGAAUCACUGGUAAAACUCUUCCCUCGAAACUUUAGACCGAUGAGUUUCCUAAAUGCUGAAAUUGGAGGAAGUGGAUAAGAUAAAUUUUCAAUGUUACGUUUCUUUUUUAUUUUAUACUUCCUUGGGCCAUUGCUUGUAGCCUUCCAAUCGUUGUUAUUAUUUUAAUAACUUUGUAUAUUUACAGGUAAUUUCUCUAAAAAUGUCUAGAAAGUAAAUAACUUCUAAAAAAAUUGACAUGGGUGAAUAUGUUUUGAUAUAACGAUCACAAAAUAAUCACUUCCACUAUUAAUAUACAAAAACAAUAUUUCAUGGAACAAUUGUUAAAGGAAUUGAUAUUAUAUCAUAGUAUGCCCUUCGUGCUGUCGGAAGAAUGUCCUCGCGUUUAUACGUGUUCAGUUAUUUUCUAUGUGUUGUAUGAAUGUUCAAUGUAUAAUAUUCUAUCAUCAUUCGCCUUCACUUUAUAUUACUGUAGUAGCAUUUUCAAGUCUAUAAACCUAGAUAGAUAAAGAUAUGCGUAUCAGUAGUGAUAAAUUGAGUUGCUGUGUAAUGAACCUUAUGAAAUGUUUAAAUUAACAUAUCAGUCAGUACAUUGAAGCCAUUUUAUAAUUUAAAGAUUAAAUGAUUUUUCAUAUGACUUCAAUUCGACAUGUUUAAAGAACUGACAAAACUCUUUAAAAGAAACUUUUUAAAA